GCUCAUAAUAUAAUAUGUUGUAUGUACAUAUAAUUUGUAAGCCGCUCUGAGUCCCCUUCGGGGUGAGAAGGGCGGGAUAUAAAUGUAGUACAGUAGAGUCUCACUUAUCCAACAUUCGCUUAUCCAACAUUCUGGAUUAUCCAACGCAUUUUUGUAGUCAAUGUUUUCAAUACAUUGUGAUAUUUUGGUGCUAAAUUUAUAAAUACAGUAAUUACUACUUAGCAUUACUGCAUAUUGAACUACUUUUUACAUCAAAUUCGUUGUAUAACACAAUGUUUUGGUACUUAAUUUGUAAAAUCAUAACCUAAUUUGAUGUUUAAUAGGCUUUUCCUUAAUCCCUCAUUAUCCAACACAUUCGCUUAUCCAACGUUCUGCUGGCCCGUUUAUGUUCGAUAGGUGGGACUCUACUGUACUUUCUAAGCAGAGGCUGGACGGGCAUCUGCCGGGAGGGUUUGGAUUGUGUCUAGGAUUAUAUGAUUCAGUUAUGGGACUAAAGAGUGUGUUUCCCAGCCUUGUCCAGCAGGGGGCUCCCUCUGGUCCCAGGUACCUGCAGGAACUCAGGUGAGUUUACCUGUCUGGAUGGCAUGGCCGGAAAUGCAAGAAGUUGACUGAGAGCAGAAGAGGAGGCCAAGAAAGGACUGCCGGCUCUCUCCGCCUCAGUUUUAAAAAGCCACCUGGCAAGGUGCAGAAAAAAAAGGAAGAGAACAGAGUGGACAUCUGGAUAGGAUGCCCGAAGCACCGCUCACGUUGGCGGUCCUGAUCCGGACGAUCCGGAGCGCGCGGACCCAGGCGGAGGAGCGGGACCUGGUCCAGCGAGAAAGCGCCAAGAUCCGGGGAGCCUUUCGGGGGGAUGAAGCCGAGAGCCGGGCCACCAACUUAGCCAAGUUGCUGUAUAUCCACAUGCUGGGCUAUCCUGCCCAUUUCGGACAGAUGGAAUGCCUCAAGCUCAUUGCCUCGCGCCGAUUCCACGAAAAGAGGAUUGGCUACCUGGGAGCCGCCCUCCUAUUGGACGAGAAGCAAGACACUCACCUUCUGCUGACCAAUAGCAUCAAGAAUGACCUCCUGCAUUCGAGUUCCUGGGUUCAAGGCCUGGCCCUUAGUACCCUUGGGUCCUUGGGGUCGGCAGCCAUGUUUCGGGAUUUGGCCGGAGAAGUGGAGCAAUUGGCCAGAAAGGCUCAACCGUCUGUGCGGAGGAAGGCGGUGGUCUGUGCUGUACACAUCAUCCGAAAGGUUCCAGAUCUCACAGAUAUGUUCAUUCCUCUCGGCAAACACCUGUUGACGGAACAAACCUACGGCAUUUUACAUGGCGCCAUGAUGUUAAUUGCAGAGAUGUGCGAACAAAGCCCGCAGGCCCUUCAAAGCUUCAGCAAGCAUGUAUCCCAAAUGGUAGGAGUGCUGCGUAACCUAGUAGUGGCUGGAUACUCCCCGGAUCACAGUAUUUCAGGAAUCAGCAACCCAUUUCUGCAGGUACAGAUCCUGAGACUCCUAAGGAUUCUAGGACGAGACAACGAAGACACCAGCGAGGCCAUGAAUGACACCUUGGCUCAGGUUGCCACCAACACAGAGACGACACGGAAUGUGGGCAACGCCAUCCUGUAUGAGACAGUGCUGACCAUCAUGGGGGUGCAGUCAACCAGUGGACUACGGGUUCUUGCUAUCAAUAUCCUUGGGCGAUUUCUCCUCAACAAGGAUCGAAAUAUCAGAUAUGUGGCUCUGACAUCUCUUCAGAAAUUGCUGCAAACGGAAAACAGUGCCGUCCAAAGGCACCGAGACACCGUCCUGUCCUGCCUGAGUGAUCCUGACCCAACUGUGAAGAGGCGAGCGCUGCAACUGAGCCUGGCUUUGGUGAGCAACAGCAACGUGAGAACCAGCGUUAAGGAACUCCUGGUGUUUCUUGAGACCUGUGCCCCAGACCUGAAGUCGGACUGCGCUUCUGGGAUAUUUUUGGCAGCUGAGAAGUUUGCACCCAACAAGCGUUGGCACAUAGACACCAUCCUCCAAGUUCUGACCAUGGCUGGCUGGUAUGUACGUGAUGACUGUGUUCCCAACCUCAUCUGUCUCAUCGGAGGAGCCAAGGAACUCCAUAGUUAUGCAGUGCAGCAGUUAUACGGUGCCCUGGUGCAAGAUAUCUCUCAGCAACCUUUGGUCCAAGUGGCCACCUGGUGCAUCGGGGAAUACGGCAACCUCCUCCUGGACGGCAGUUGCGAAGAGGUGGAGCCGAAGCAGGUUCAUCCGGAGGAGAUCCUCUCCCUCCUGGAACGGGUGCUGCAGUCUCACCUGUCCCUUCCAGCUACCAGAGCCUAUGCCCUCACGGCCCUCAUGAAACUCGGGACACACCUCCAGGACAGCGAUGUCAACCGGAUCCGGAGUUUGGUUUCCAUUUAUUGUAGCUGUCACGACAUUGAACUGCAACAGCGAGCGGUGGAAUAUAAUGCUCUCUUCCGAAAAUAUGACCAUCUCAGAGCAUCUGUACUGGAAAAGAUGCCCUUAGCGGACAAACCUGGCGACAAUGAAGGAGAGACUGAGAAAGAACAGAAUGGAGGAGAGGAUAAUACUCCUAAUGUCCUGCAGAUGGCGCCAUCCCACAAUCACAGCCAGCCAGAGAAAUCUGACCAGGUCUACGAUCUGCUGGAUCUCCUUGGAGGACCAGUGGAUUCCUCUGUAUCCCAGCCCAGUACUGUCACACCUUCGGCCACGUCCUUGCUCGACUUCCUUGGGGAUCUAAACCCUGCAGCCACUGCCCUUCCUCGCAUGAGCGUAUAUGAACGGGACGGACUGCUUAUUGAAUUCUCGAUGGAGCGCCCAGCAUUGGAACCCACCUUAUUGCUGAUCACGGCCACCGUCUCCAACCAAAUGCCGGACGAUAUUCCCAACUUUACUCUCCAAGUCGCCGUCCCAAAGUCCUUCCAAGUGGAGCUCUUGCCCCCCAGUGGUUCCACGGUUCCAGGCCAAGGAGGAGCCCCACUUACGCAGGUCAUCCGAGUGUUGAACCCAAAGCAGGUGCCGCUCCGGAUGAGGCUACGGCUGGCUUACAGUCUUCCGACUGGGGCUGCGGUGCAACAGAUUGAGGAAAUCAACUCAUUCCCUGAGUCUGCCUGGAAAUGAACUCAUGGUACACCUUCCCCUUACUUACCUCUCGGAUGGGUUUUCCCACCAGAAGCUCUACGAAUUCCAUUUAAAGCCAUGCAAUGCCAUCAGCUCCCCAGCAGGGGUCACCUUGGUUCCACCUGGAUGGCCCUCAUUAAUAAACAAAUGCAUGCAAAUUAGGGAAGGCUGGGUGUCCCAAUGGGUGGGUUAUGGAUGGGGGAGCUUGGGUGGGUGGGUUAGGAGAGACAGGUGUGGAAAGGCCGAGAAGGGAAACAUCAAGACUGGAGUGAGUGAGAAGGGACCGAGAAGGAGGGAAUCCCCUGUCCCUGCCAAGUCUCUAUUUCCUCUCCCAGCGGCUGGCAAAUCAAUUCAAUUGAUCAGCUAGACAGGGAAAUCCACAACAACUGAGCGAGACUAAAUGGAAAUCAAUGGAGAUAAAGAGUGCAGGGGCGGGAGGGAGGCGCCGCCAAUACCAGCCGUCACAACUUUACCAAUCCCUCUUCAUUGGCGCAUUUUGUUUUAGCGACCCGAGAGCGCUGAGAUGCUCAAGCCUCAAUUCCCGCUAUAGGAAACAGAACUGCCCAAGUCAUGCCAAUAAGAGUGUUAAGCCUCAAUAAAGAAGCCAGAAAUGGGGGCUUGUUUCCUUCUCUAUGGUAGGGGCCACACGAGGCUUAUCAAUAAUUCAGUCAUUCUCAAACUGGAGCCCUCCAGAUGUUUUGGACUUCAACUCCCAGAAGCCCCAUCUGCCUUGGUCAAUGAUGGGGGAUGCUGGGACUUACUUAGGCAAUCCCUUUCAGCUGGUGGAUUAUGGCCCUCCAAGUGUAGUGAUUUAGUGGUGGAUGCGUAGGUGGCUGUGGUGACCUAUUCUUGACCUGCAUGUUCUUCCGCAGUGAAAAAAUCGGUUUCUAGAUGGAAGGCACUCCUGGUCCGGGUUGGCUUGAUGCGUCUUCCUCUUGGCAUGUUUCUCCUUAUCGUCCUCCAUGCAUGCCUCUUCAAAUUCCACAGCACUGCUGGUCACAGCUGACCUCCAGUUAGAGUGCUCAAGGGCCAGGGCUUCCCAGUUCUCAGUGUCUAUGCCACCAUUUUAAGGUUGAUUUUAAGUUCAUCUUUAAAUCUCUUUUCCUGUCCACCAACAUUACGUUUCCCAUUCUUGAGUAUAGUAACUGCUUUGGGAGACGGUGAUUGGGCAUGUGGACAACGUGGCAUUCAGUCCAGUGGAGUUGAUGGCGUAAGAGCAUCACCUCAAUGCUGGUGGUCUUUGCUUCUUCCAGUGCACUGACAUUUGUCCACUUGUCUUCCCAAGAGAUUUGCAGGAUUUUUCGGAGGCAACGCUGAUAGAAUCGUUCCAGGAGUUGAGUGUGACGUCUGUAGACAGUCCAUGUUUCGCAGGCGCAUAACAAGGUUGGGAGGACAAUAGCUUUAUAAACAAGCACCUUGGAUGUCCCUUUGGAUGUCCUAAUCCUCAAACACUCUCUGCUUCAUUUGGAGAAAUGCUGCACUCACAGAGCUCAGGCUGUGUUGUAUUUCAGUGUCAAUGUUGACUUUUGUGGAGAGGUGGCUGCCAAGGUAGUAGACAUGGUCAACAUUUUCUAAUGUUACACCAUUAAACUAUAUUCCUGGCAUUGCAGAGGGAUUAGCUGGUGCCUGUUGGAAGAGCACUUUGGUUUUCUCUAUGUUCAAUGAGAGGCUGAGCUUCUCGUAUGCUUUUCAAAGGUGUUCUGCAAAGUUGCUGGGAACUGAAGUCCAAAACACAUGGAAGCCCAGAGAUAAGUGAUGUCCACCUUCUCAUAGUUUGUAACCACUGCUGUGUUCCCAAUCAGAGUUGGGAAAAGUUACUUUUGGAUUGCUCUCCCAGAGGAUUUAGGAUUUACCAUCCCAACAAGUAGCUUUUAUAAAUUCAGGUUAAUAUGGUUACAAGACAACAUAAAAUUUGGUUUCCUACAUAUCCCUACAAUCCAGGUUUAAAGGGGAACAGCAGCCACACCUCCAGCAACUGUGGCAAGGAGUUCCACAGAUCACUCUUGUUUCUUUGGCCUGUUCCUCUGUCUCCUGUCUCUUUAACUUUGCUGGUUGUAAUUCCUAUGGGAUAGCUUUGAUAUUUGAGUGUGAAUAAAUGUUUUCUCUUA